CUUUACACGGUUCUCACGCGAUUUCUAGAGUCGCGCGUAGCUCUGUCAGAGAAGUCGUUUUAUUAGUCUCCAGUCGAUGCAAAAUGUGCGCGCCGUCGAUCUGAGGAGCUGAUUCUGCUCUCUGGGGAUGUGUUUCUCGGAAGACUGAAAGGAUAAAUUUCACUAGUGUUUUUCUCUUUAACACAAGUCUCAAAUCUCAAGGAACUUUCCAUAAUAUUGGUGUUUUGUUCAUUUAAAUCGCCAUCAUGGGUGAUGUGAUUUCAACCAACCUGGACGAGGGCAAGCGCGAGAUGAUCACAGCCUGCACCAGUGCUGUGAUGGCAGAGUUUGGGAGGAUUUAUGAGCAGCAGUACGCCGUGGCUCUGUUCAACAGUGUGCGCUUUGAGAUUGAAGCAGGGGGGAUCCCCCAAACACAACUACUACACCGAAAGGAUCCAUUGAAGAACAAGUCCAUCUUCUCAGGAGGACUUUUUCAGUAUCUGGAAGAGAGCAAGAAAUGGAGGAGCCAUUUUUUGUAUGUGGGUGAAUCCUACAACGUCAGCUUAUAUGAGAGCAAAGCGGCACAUGAUCGAGGUAUCCACCCAAAAGGGUUCAUAAACUGUGCCGGGUACAGAGCCCUGACCUCUGUGGAGGAAUACCUUGAGCUUCUCAAGGACAGCCUGCCUGAUACAAAGGCCAAAGCAGGCAAUACUCCAUUUCUGAAGUGCCCCACACAGUUUCCCCUCAUCUUGUGGCAUCCGUACGCACGCCAUCACUACUUCUGCGUCAUGACAGAGAAAGAACAGCAGAAGUGGCAUGCCGUUUUCCAGGAUUGUGUGAGACAUACCAACAACGGACUGUCAGAAGAUUGCAAGGUAUCAACACCGGCAUUCACUGACUCUUUGCGUCUGUACAGGCAGGCUAAGGGUCACUACGGCACCUGGGACAUGAUGUGUGGAAACCAAGCACAGAUUCUGGCUAACCUCGUGAUGGAAACCUUGCACCCUGAAUUGAGGAAUAUGAUUGUACCACGGUUAAAAGGAAAACUUCAACAGAGACAGAAGGACUGGAUGCUGAUCUCCGAUGCGGUGUACAGGCAGGUGCUGGCACAGACACGAACCCAGCAUGAAGCCCUGGUGCAGGUGUGUGAGGUGGAGCGCCCCCGUCUGGACGCUGCUUUACGUACAGAUAUGGAUCAGAUCAUCACGUCAAAAGAGCAUGUUGCUGGAAAGAUUCGUGCUUUUGUGUUGCCUCGUGCUGAGCAGCUUCUGAGGAGCAGCGUUCAGCCCUACAUCAACUCCAUCCUGGAGGCUCUUAUGGAGCCCACCAGCAGAGGAUUCUCAGAGGUGAGGGACAUCCUCUUCCGUGAGCUGUUGGAAAUCGGCAAGAACACAAUGAAUGAUAACAGCAAGGAGAAACUGGCAGAGCAUAUGGACAGGAUUUCCAUGCUGGCCUUCCACCCAGUGAAGAUGCAGAGCUGUUAUGAGAAGAUGGACAUGUUGAACCUGGAGGGUCUCCAGCAGAGGUUUGACGUAUCUAGCCCGUCUGUGUUCACCCAGAGAGCUCAGAUCCUUAUGAGACAGCAAAUGGACAAUGCAGUGCAUACAUUUGAGCAACUGCUCCACCAAAGUCUAGACGGCCACAGUGGAGAGGAUACCUGCAAGAUCUUGCAGCGCUGUCAGGACCGAGUGCUCAAAAAAUAUGACUACGACAGCAGCACCGUAAGGAAGAAGUUCUUCAGGGAGGCUUUGCUUCAAAUCAUCAUUCCAUACAUGCUGAAACAGCUCUCACCAUCCUGUUCACCAGAUUUGCCCAAGUUCAAGGAGCUUAUCUUUGAGGACUUCUCUAGAUUCAUACUAGUAGAGAGCAUCUUUGAGGAAGUGGUUCUGCAGUCAGUCACCAAGGAUAUCUUGAUGGCUGUAAAGGAGGCUGCGGUCCAGAGAAGGCAUAACCUAUACAGGGACAGCAUGGUACUGACCAACAGUGACCUCAACCUGCACCAGUUGGGAGAGGACACCAUCGACUGGGCUGGCCAGUUCGGAGAUGUUAAAGGAGAGAAGCGGGGGGGUGAUGGGGCCAACAGGAAACGCAGGCAGAUAGUCUCAAUGAUCCAUCUAGAAGGGAUGCCUCCACUGCCUUAUGAGUCUUGCCAAGAGGUUCCAGGAGUGGAUGGCAUCCCAGAGGAGAAUGAGGGGCAAGAAGAACAAGAUCUUGCAGCAGAAAAUCCUUCAAACUCGAUGGAGAACAAGGGGCAGGUAGGAAUGGAUCUUGUUGCUGAGAAGUUUCCAAACACAAUGGAGAACAAGGGGCAGGGAGGACAAGCUCUUGCAGCUAAGACGCCUAUAAAAAUAGUUGAACAUGUGCCAUUCAAAGAAGAACCAGGGUCACCUGACAGCAUCGACGAGAUCAGAAAUCUCAUCAACCCCGUUUUGGAGGUUGCUGUCCCCGCUUCCUUAAAAGAAGAUUUAGAAGAAGAAAGUUUACAGUUGACCAAUGGAAUUUUGCCUCUGGAGGAGGGUGAUGAGGUGAAGCACGUCACCAUGGUAACGGAGAUGAUGCCAAAGCAAUCGCCAACAAAAAUGGAAGGGCGUACAGAUGAACUUGAUGGACAGACUUUAAAAACAAACCUCUCAGAUGAGCAGCAGAGCUUGUCCGCAAUUGAGAGCGCCAUUCAGCAGAUUGAGAUUGCAGUUCAGGAAGACCCCGGCGAGCACCUAAGUGAAGGUACCGUUGACUCUGAUGGGGAAUUCACCCAACCAUCAACCAAAUACAGCCCUCAUCACCAUGAUGACAGUGGCUUUCAGUCUCCAGCCAACGAGAAUGUAGAAGAAGGGAAGCCUCAGUCUAUUACGGAUGGACUGAACGCAGUGGACGCAGAGCAGGUGACGUUAACUCUGGUGGAGGGAGUGCAAACUCCAAGCAUCAAUUUAGCUGUCAAAGCUCCUUGUAAAACUACAGAUGACGAUUAUUUGCAAUGAUUGAGAGUUAAACGCAGAAUCCAGACCACAUGGAAACGUUAUUUUAUAAGUUGUUUGCUGGGACUCUUGUUUAUAUUUUUGUUUCUCAGCAACACUCUUACGAUUGGUAUUUAAGUCAGGCUGGCGUUAUUUUUAUUUAUCGUUGUUAUUUUUUUUUCUUAUUCUUGCAGUUAAUUUUGACUUGUUUUGGUAUGCUUAAACAAUGAGCAAUUAACAUGUGUUUGUUUGUUGUGUUCUGUGUAUAUAUAGAAUAUUCUCUCAUACAUGCAUUCUCUCAUACAUAUUUUUACUCAAGAUACCCACAGUAAUAAUUAUGUGGCAGAGGGUUCAUAAUAUGAACUAUUAAUGUCCUUUACGUCUGUACAUUUCCUAAUUUCUGUGCAAAUCAUCAAGCGUGGUUGCUGGUGGCAUUUUUUUCAACCCUUGACAUCAGUGAGGGUCAUGAGGAGAUUCCUUAGGUAAUGUAGAUGUGUUAAUAAAGACUCCACCUGACUGUUCUCAUAUGCAAAGUGCAUUGGCGCAUUAGAUAGGAUCUUUGCGUUGUAGAAAACUACAAUAAUAUUUGAUACAGGACCAGCUGAAUCAUUACAUAAAACUGAAACUUUUCUUUUUUUUUCUUUCAUUUACUAUGGAGAUAUUCAGACACUUAUGUAUGAAUGCAGCUAAAUUGAGCACUUGUAAAAUGUGUGAAUGCAUUCCUAAUAAAUUAAAGCAUAUAUUUUUAUUCCUCCUUACUCUUUGUGAUUUAUAAAGAAAUCCAAAGUGACCUUGCUGCUUUAGAAUGCAUAGCAUACAUAAUACAGAUUGCACUCUUUUGUGCCACAAUGUGUUUUAUAGUUGGCACUGUGACUCUCGUUCAUGGAGUGCUGUAUGUCCUCCAACUGUGUUUGUGUGCAGUACAGAUAGAUAGAUAGUUGGUUGCAGAGAGGGAAUCAAACUUGUAGCAUGUUGUGGAUUGAGGCUAUUGCAGCUGUCAAAUUAAACAAAAUCCUCAAUUUAGAUUUAUAGCAUUCUAUUAAUUAUAUUCACAUACACAUAUUUACUUGUUUGAAACAUGACACAUUUCAACUUAUGAAAUAAAGCAUAAUUUUAUUCUCAGAAAUAUAUAGUCUAGGGUUGUAUCCAUUUAUUUUAAGAGUAUGUUAAUUGUGACAUUUUCUACACCCCCUUUUUAUUCUAUUGUAGGAUAUCUGUGGGUAAAAUAAAUGGCAAUCAUUUUGAAAUGUUUUUUGUGUUCUGUAAUGGUUUUGCGUGUUGAAUAAAUUUAAAGGGAAGUUCACCCAAAAGCAAUAAUUAUCUCAUCAUUUACUCAUCCUCAUGUGUAUGACUUUCUUCUGCACAACAGAAACGAAGAUUUUUAGAAUUUCUCCGCUCUGUAGGUUUAUUCAAUGCAAGCGAAUUGUGACCUUAUUGA